AUGCAUUCAGCAUCAAUUUGGGCCGGGCUUCUGGGCUGCGGCGGCGGCAGCCGACAAUGGGGCCCCUAUUGCACUGGGGACAGAUUCAGCGGCGGCAGUGUCGCUCCUCAGGGUCUGGGAACCCAAGCUUCCAGCGCCAGCUUCUCGACGAUCUUGAGUGCCGCAGAGAUCAAGAGCGGCUUCGACGGUCUGGCGAACACUUACGGCCUGGAGACUUUCACCACUCCCUACAAAACCUACGGGGGAGCUACGAUCUUUGGCGGGAAGGUCGGUGGCACCGGUACCUGUAACAAGGCAUACCGGGUCUACUUCAAUGGUGGGAUCCACGCGCGAGAGCGCGGCUCCUCAGAUGGAAGCUACACCAACGCUCAAGUGAAGACUGCCUUGGCUGCAGGCAUCGUCUUCGUACCCCUGAGCAACCCAGAUGGCGUGGCUUACGAUCAGUCAUCGAACAGUUGCUGGCGCAAGAACCGCAACCCGGCUUCUUCUACGGGGAGCGCAUCGUCAGUUGGUGUUGACUUGAACCGAAACUUCGACUUCCUCUGGGAUUUUACCAAGAAAUUCGCAUCGACUGCCCAGUCAAGUGUGGCCUCCACCAGCCCUUCGUCUGAGACAUACCAUGGAACCAAGGCCUUCUCCGAGCCUGAGACACAGUCUAUCAAGUGGGUCUUGGAUACGUACUCAGCUGUCCGUUGGUUUGUCGACCUGCACUCGUAUGCAGGAGAUGUACUUUACAGCUGGGGAAGCGACACAAACCAGAACAAGUACAGCUAUAUCAACUUCCUUAACACCACGUACGACGGCUACAACACGCGUGGAGUCUUGACGGACACUCCAGGCUCCGGCAGGGCGUACGGAGAGUACACUCCCUCAGCCGAGCAGACCGCCAACGUCCAGGCUGCAGACCGGAUGGCCGCUGCCAUGAGCGCAUCCAGAGGCCGUUCGUACACUUCGAUGCAGGCGGCCGCCCUGUACCCAACUUCCGGUGCAAGCGACGACUACUCGUACUCGCGGCACUUCGCCAACCCGAGCCUCAACCUGGUGCACGGUUACACUGUCGAGUUUGGUUUCGGCAACUCCGCUGCCUCGUGCCCGUUCUACCCGACUGUGGCUCAGUACAACACCAACCUGCGGGAGGUCGGAGCCGGCUUCAUGGAGUUCGUCCUCGCGGCCACGGACCUUGGUCUGGGAGGUGGUUGCUGA